AUGCCUGAUGAGCUGACCGAGCCCGGGCGCGCCACGCCAGCCCGCGCUUCCUCCUUCCUCAUCGAGAACCUGCUGGCAGCCGAGGCCAAGGGUGCCGGGCGCGCAGCCCAAGGCGAUGGUGCCCGGGAGGAGGAAGAGGAAGAGGACGACGAUGACCCCGAGGACGAGGACCCAGAGCAGAUGAGGCGACAGCGACUACAGCGGCGACGACAGCUACGCGCGGGCAGAGGGCUCGGCGGGGAGGCGAGGACCCGGGCGCUGGGCCUAGGGCCCCGGCCGCCUCCCGGGCCCGGGCCGCCCUUCGCGCUUAGCUGCGGAGGCGCAACGCGGUGGUACCCACCGGCUCACGGCGGCUACGGAGGUGCUCUGAGUCCUGACACAAGCGACCGGGACUCUCCAGAGACCGGCGAGGAGAUGGGCCGCGCAGACAGCGCCUGGCCUCGGUGCCCAGGGACAGGAGCCGUGCCGCGGGAGGUGACAACGCAAGGCCCGGCGGCCGGCGGGGAGGAGGCUGCGGAGUUGGCCGAGGCCCCAGCGGCAGUGGCCGCGGCUGCGGCAGGGGAGGCACGCGGUGGCCGCAAGAAGAAGACACGCACGGUCUUCUCGCGCAGCCAGGUCUUCCAGCUUGAGUCCACUUUCGACCUGAAGCGCUACCUGAGCAGCGCGGAGCGCGCAGGCCUCGCCGCCUCGCUGCAGCUCACCGAGACGCAGGUCAAGAUCUGGUUCCAGAACCGCCGCAACAAGUGGAAGCGGCAGCUGGCGGCAGAGCUGGAGGCAGCCAGCUUGUCCCCUCCGGGAGCACAGCGCUUGGUCCGCGUGCCUGUGCUCUACCACGAGAGUCCCCCGGCCGCCUCCGGGCCCGCGCUGCCCUUCCCGCUGGCGCCUCCGGCAUCCGCGCCGCCACCGCCGCUGCUCGGUUUCUCGGGCGCGCUGGCCUACCCGCUGGCCGCCUUCCCGGCCGCCGCCUCGGUGCCCUUUCUUCGUGCGCAGAUGCCGGGGCUAGUGUGA